CGGACUUCGCCGUCUCCGCCUACAAGCUGGUUCGGAACGAUCGCUUUCGAGUUUCCGUUUUGUCCUCGGUUUAUCAUUUCCAUUGUCACCAGAUCGGUUGUCCCGACAUGCAUUCCAGUAGAAGAAAGACGCGUCGGUAGGUUUUCUUCCUUCAAUAUUUUUUACGAAGGGCAGCUUUCCUCGCGAACAGCUCGCGCUGUCGUUAUCGCCGGGUGAAAGUAGUUAGCAGUUAUUUUGACAAUUCUCCGACGAUGUCCGGGUCCUACUACUUCGUGAUCGUCGGUCACUUCGACAACCCAGUCUACGAGAUGGAGUUCCACCCCGCCAACAAGCAGGCGAACAAGGAAGACCACCGUUAUCUCAGCCAGUUCAUCGCUCACGCCGCCCUUGACCUGGUGGACGAGUGUAUGUGGGCCACCAACAACAUGUACCUCAAAGUGGUCGACAAGUUCAACGAAUGGUUUGUUUCAGCCUUCGUCACGGCGAACCGCAUGCGCUUCCUCGUGCUGCACGACGUGAAGAACGAAGACGGCAUCAAGAGCUUUUGCACCGAAAUGUACGAGUUCUACGUGAAGUAUGCGUUGAACCCAUUCUACGAGCACAACACUCCCAUCAAGUCGGCGGCUUUUGAUGAAAAGGCCAAGUUCUACGGCAGGAAGUACUUGACGGGCUGAGCACAUCUGCAUACUUGCACAUCCCGAGAAAAAGAAUGAACUUGCAAGUGGUUGUGCGUGCUUGCACAACAUCCACGAGCAUCAGCUCUGCCUUGAAAUCAUUUACGUUUUGUGCGAAUCACGUUUUGAAUAUUUUUUUUUCUGAGGGGGGGGGGGGUCAGGGUAAUAAACCUGUU